AUGGGUGUGACCCUCUCACUGCAGCCGUGUCCUCCUCACUCUUGUUGCGCAACGACUCUCAUCCCAUCUUACUCAACGUAACUCAGCCACUCCCUGUCAAAAUCUGACAUAAUUUUACAUUAGGUUCAAACCCGGUCGUGUUACACGAACAGCUAGUUUAGAAGUUUAAAGGAGCUGAAAAACGACGACAAAAAUCGGAAAAGUUUGACUCUGAAAAAGGGAGGAAACUUUUACCUGCCUGGAGGUCCGUGAACUACACACUGUCAUCAGGUACGUUACGGUUAUGUAGACGUUAGCUAGGCUAUGUACGCUAUAUUAUCAAUAUAUAGACGUUGUUUGUUGCUAACUCGGAAGUAAAUUGAGUUGUUUCUUCACACUUUUGUUGUUCGUAUGUUUGAAGAGCCAGUUCAAGAUACAGCCAACCAUCCAAGUUAUGUCAACGCAAAGUUUCGCUGUCCGUCAAAACGACUUUUCCCGUCUAGACGGGUAAACAAACAGGGAGUUUCGGUGCAGUUUGAGCUAGACAAGAUGUUCAAGAGUGUUGAUUCGUCAACUCAAGUGGGAUUUUUCCUGUUAUUGUGAUCCCUAAAGCAACAACAAAUCCGGAAAUCAGGCUGCAACUUUUAUAACUCUCAGUGAGCCUGCUUUACUGAACAGUCUGCUUCUAUGUCUCCGCGUAUUCUUCUACUAGAUGUGUCACAGCAGACAAGUGUGACUGCGAUAACUCACUGUAGGCUAAUACUGGUUCCCAUCAUCUCCUUUCCCUCUAGCUGGUUAUCAUGGGAGACAUCGCUAAAGGGAAGAAGUCUUUCGUACAGAAAUGUGCGGCCUGUCACACAGUCGAUGAGGGGGGCAAACACAAGCAGGGACCCAACCUGUGGGGUCUGUUUGGAAGGAAGACAGGACAAGCAUCUGGAUACUCCUACACACAGGCUAACAUCGACAAAGGUACAGAUUACAGACACUGCAAGACUGACAGGUUUCAUGACAAAGCUAUUGUGUCAUUAUAAUUUCACUAUCCUGUCUCAAAGCAACCAUGGUUUAGGAUUUUGGAGAGGCAUCUAGUGUAGCUUAAAGAUUUUAAGUGGGCCCUGAGUGUAAGGAGUACCCUUUGUUUAAGAAAAUGACAUUCAGAUGUGAAAGGCACUGUGAGAAGUUUAAAACUGAUUUUUAAGACAUAGACUAAAACUGAUGCUCAUGCCUCCUUAUGCAAAGCAAAAAAGACCAUCAGCAGCAUAACUGAUAGAAACAAACUAAAAUUAACUCAAAGCAGCUUUGGUCUGUUUCACAAACGGUACAUUAUUCCAUGUAAAUCUUCUGUCUUGAAACUACUGUAAAUCUUCUGUGAUGUUAAAUGUCAGAAUUGCAUUCCAGGCUACUAGACAAGCCACUCUGUCAAACAUGGUAUGCAUUACCAUAUAUGUCUAUACCUUAAUAGCCAAACAUGUGUUGUAAGUGCUGAUGUCAGAGAACAGAGCUUUGAUAGGAAUAACUGAGAUUUGGGGUCCUUUCACUGGAUCCCAGGGGACCCAGGUAUUUCUCUGGGCAGGUCUUAAGGGUCAUGCAACAGGUAUGGGAUUUUAAACUGCUUAAGAGACAUUAAGUUGAUUGAUUGAUUGAUUGAUUGAUUGAUUGAUUUAAACUUUUAUGAACGUGUGAAGCACAGGAAGUGCCAAACCCACAUGGGCUUACGAGACACCAAAAGGAAAGGAACAUAUAAUAGCAGAUGAAAAACAGAAAACAGACAUUGGUCCAUUUAAGCACAUAAACAAUCCUGAUGUUUUUUCCAAGCUUCAGAGACAAAAUGGGCUUACUUAAAGACAUUGAAGUUAAACAGCCAAUUCAUUCUUCAAUGUCUGGUAACAGACAUUGCAGUAAAUAAUGGAGCUCUCUGAAGUGCUCACACUUGAGAGUUUGAUGAUGGUUUUAUGAGAGAUUUAUCUUCUUUACCAGACUGCUUUUGUGUUCAUGAUGUCUGGGGUUUUUUACUCAUUUGUACUGGGCCAACAGCAGCGACAGUUACAUGUUAAUAUAUUAAUUUGUGCAAGCAAGUGUAUUACUGAACAACUUUUCCUCUUGGAAAAAAGUUAGGGUACACAAUAUUUGCAAUAAGAAAUAAAGUGGUUCAACUGAAUACCUUGACUGUGAUGAAACUUGCUGUAGAGUUUUGUUUACACAGAUCCAGACUUUCCUUGAGAUGGUUAACUUUUACUGGAGGAUAAUCUUGACCAAGAGUAUGCAGGAGGGUACAGGAAAAAGUUGAUUUUAAUCAUACAGCAUGGUACCUGACAAUUUGUACUGUGCGGAUGAUUGCUUGAAGCACGAGAUGUCUUAAAGAUGAUACUUCCAUCACACAGAAGUGCAGGCAAAAACAGCCAUUUCACACUCAUUAACUUAGUAAACUUUGAGUUUCCAGUUCUUUCUCUGUACAACCCAAAUAGCCCAUUCUUUUUCACUUAUCAUGUAGCUGAGAGUUUGGAGUAGUUUGGUUUUCAAAUGGUGCCAUAAACAGUCCUCCCUUUCUCAAAGAAAAUGUAAAAUAUCUUAAAUGCAUAUGUAAAGAAUGUGCAAGAGAUGUGUCACAGUUGCUAAUACAAAGCUUCAGGGCAGCCUGCAUUUUCUGUAGCUUUCAGUCAAAGCAGCAGGUCUGAACAGGAAGAGUAGCUCUGCUCUGCCUCGAGGAGAUAAAACCAAAGACAGUCGUCAGAGGUGUGAGGUGUAAGAUAAUGGUCAUUAAAGUGCGAGUUUAUAAUGUGCUCUUGUGUCUUUUAGGGAUCGUUUGGGAUGAGAACACUCUAGAUGUCUACCUCACAAACCCCAAGAAGUACAUCCCUGGUACCAAAAUGAUCUUCAGCGGGCUCAAGAAGAAAAAGGACAGGCACAAUAUUAUCGCCUAUUUGAAGGAUGCCACCUCCUAAUGUUCUGACACUCACACACUCAGCUAUGGACAGAAGCACCAUGCUGCACACUUAGGACAAAACACAGCGUGUUCUUUGCAGUAGGUUUGUAAAGUCACAUCCCUACAUUGUGUUACUUUGGAACAUUGCAGCCACAGUGUUGUUGUGUGUGGGAGACUGGUUUUAAUUAUCAUAUGAGUCAGCCUUCAUGUUACUUGUGGAUUUUCCAGACUGUUCUCAGUCAGGGCUUCUUAAAGGGGCAGCUUUCCUUUCGAGUUUCUAUCGUCUUGGUUGUUCACUUUAUUUUUGACUACUGCGUGCACAGAAACAACAAGCUUUGCAUUACUACCACUUUAUCUCCAGUUGCACAAUCUGACAUUUGUUUUCAGAUUUAUUUUCUAUAUUUUUAUAUCUCUUUGUCUCUUUGUUUAAAUAAAUAUUUGUUUAUUUUUCAUUCUUAAAAUGGGUGAACUUUGAAAAUGUUCUGGGUUCUUUUUCUUCUCUUGAUAAGCCAGUGGACAUCAUCACUUUUGUUUGUAUAAAGCUGAACUUGAAAACCAGAUUGUACUCAUACAUUUUCUACAUUCAGUAUGUUUUAAUGAAAUAUUCAUUAAAAAACGGCAAGUUAAAAACUUUAAGCUAAUUUUUACAGGUUUUAACUGGGUCUCAUUAAAAUACAAGGCAAAGUGUUUAUUUAUAUCUUUUUUUAAUGAGUUUUUAUUUUAUACUUGUCAAUGUUUCUCUUAUUUUCUGAAAAAAAAAAAUACUUUUCCAUGAAUUGAAUAGAGGGAUGAGGCAAUAAAGUUCUUUCUUUGUGACAAUAAAAAAGUUCAUUGUGA